AUGAACUCUGCCUCAGACUGGACUUCAGUGGCAGUCCUCAAAGUGAAGUGCUGCCUACAACCAGGUUCAGAUUAAGUGCAAAUCUGAGGACUGACACAAGCAAUAUCAUAUUAGUGACAGAUACAUAAAUACCAGAAUACUCUGUCCUUAGGAUUUUUGGCCUCAUGUUCCCUCCCACCUGAUAUUUUUGUUUAAAUAUUUGUUUACUUCAUGCUCCAGUCAUUCCAUGGGCUUCCUGGCCUAACUGUAGUCAGCCUGUUAAGCAAAGCGAGGGGGGAAGGGGAAAGUUUGCCUGGGAACAGGACAGGACCUUGGCACAGGGAACCAGGAACGGAACACAAGCUGUGUCUUGCACACGCACCUCCUGUGGCUCACUUGGAACUCAGCGUAAGUAAUGGGGCUCUGCAGGAAAAAGAAAGAUGCAGCAGAAGCAAAUGAAGCUGUUUUCCUGAGGAGAAAAAUCACCCUCAUUCGGGCCAUAGCUCUGGCCAUCGGCACCAUGGUGGGCAGUGGCAUCUUUAUUUCUCCCAAAGGGGUGCUGCAAAACUCUGGCAGUGUUGGGAUCUCCUUAAUUGUGUGGCUGGCUUGUGGAAUCCUCUCUCUCUUUGGCGCUCUGUCCUACGCAGACCUUGGCACCAGCAUCAGGAAGUCCGGGGGGCAUUACAUUUACCUGCUGGAAACUCUCGGCCCUUUGCCGGCCUUCCUGAGAUUAUGGGCCGAGUUUGUGAUGAUCCGGCCUGCAAAUAUGGCUGUGGUGUCCUUGGCUUUUGGCCGCUACAUAAUUGAGCCUUUCUUUGCCCCAUGCCAUGCUCCUGCUUUGGCUGUGAAACUCAUCACAACCACAGGAAUCACCCUCGUGAUAGUCCUGAAUUGCUGGAGUGUGAGCUGGUCUGCAAACAUACAGACAGUGCUCACCGCCCUCAAGAUGGUCACCCUAGGCUUGGUUAUCGUUCCUGGGAUGAUGGCUCUUGGCAACGGCCACUAUGAAAAUUUCCAUGAAAGUUUUGACACAAGUACGCUGACAUUCGACAAACUACCUCUCGCUUUUUAUUCUGGCAUGUUUGCCUAUGGAGGGUGGUUCUAUGUAAACUUUGUAACAGAGGAAAUUGUAAAUCCUAAACGGAAUAUCCCACUGAGCAUUAUAGUGUCUCUAAUUGUUGUCACAGUGUGUUACAUCCUGACAAAUGUGUCUUACUAUGCAGUCCUGACACCCCAAGAAAUUCUCAGCUCCGAGGCUGUAGCUGUGAGCUUUGCUGACAAAGCUUUCAAGAGCAUUUCCUCAGUGCUUCCCAUCCUUGUAGCCUUGUCCUGUUUCGGUGCUCUGAAUGGAGGAAUCUUUGCCGCUUCAAGGAUGUUGUUUGCAGCUGCAAGAGAAGGACAGUGGCCAACUCUCUUCUCAAUGAUCCACAUUCACAGACACACUCCACUGCCAGCCUUGCUGCUAAUGUUACCAUUGAUCUAUUUGAUGGUGUCCAUUGGUGAUCUCUAUGGCCUGCUGAACUUCUAUAGUUUCUCACGUUGGUUCUUCCUGGGACUGGCUACAUUGGGACUCAUGGUACAACGCUAUCGUCAUCCUGAACUGCCAAGACCCUUUAAGGUGCCACUGGUCUUCCCACUGGUAUUCACAAUAACAAGUUUCUUCAUUGUGGGGACAUCUUUGUAUUCAGACCCUGUGAACACUGGUAUUGGUUGUGCUGUCACCCUGUCUGGUUUGCCUGUUUACUAUCUGGUGGUUCAGAAAUCUAGAAUACCAGGCUGCUGCACAUCAAAGUUCAACUUAAUGACAGCAAAACUGCAGAUCCUGAUGAGAGUGGCGCUCCAGGAAGUCCAGACUUACUGAAGGAGUCACGCAUCUGAACAAGGAAAAGGAUGUACAUAUAACCCCUCAAGGCCCCUUCGUAUCAAUUCCACCUUUGAUGGAAGGCGGCAAAAAUCACCUCACACUCCAGUAGUGAGGAACAGAACUCCAGUUCAUUUCAGACCAGUAUGGAGAACACUAUGAUGAGUCACUAUCCUCAACACUUAGCCAAAAUAUUCAUACAGAAAAUGUGAAGGGCAGUUUGUCUUCUACAUGUUAAGGAUGCCAUGACUUUUGCAUAGAGAGUGGCAUAUGAAGCAACGACAGCAGGAAUAGUGGGUGGCAUCAGAAAAGCUCAGAAUAUCCUAUUUUAAAAAAGUUAACUGGCUAUUGCAAUUAUGCUAGUGAUUUCCACAAAAGGGACUGCAGUGCACCUCAAGAAGUAAAGCCACCAGGUUAGAUGCAUCCAAACUAUGCCUCAUUGAGCAGGGAGAUUCCCAAGAUGGGCCAAAACCGUAUCCUUACAAAUAGAUGGGGCGAGGAGGUUCUGAAAGAAAGAUGCCCUGCCUUGUGUUAUUGAAGUUGCUUUUUUAAAAGUUGAUUCGCAGUAUUAAGAGCAAGAUGCCUCCAAUUGUAAUCAUGAAAACCUCCUUGUGCCUAGUAGCUAAUAAUACCUUUAUGCAAGUCAGUGUUUCUCUAAACAGUUACACACAGUUCAAGAUACAGUUCUUGUAUUAGGAGAAAUGGUAACCUUUUGCAAUAAAUGUCAACACUAUAAACCA